AUGACCAACAAAUAUUUGCAAUAUUUAACCUUUUUUGUCAUCUGCCAUAUGAUUAUACCAGUUUGCUGGGGAGCCAAUGGAAUAUACGCUCAAAAACUGCUCAAUGAUUUAUUUAGCAACUACACGAGUGCUCUGAGGCCAGUGGAGGAUACAGAAGACAUCCUGAACGUCACGCUUCAGAUCACCCUUUCCCAAAUCAUUGAUAUGGAUGAGCGUAACCAGAUUCUGACGGCGUAUUUGUGGAUACGGCAGGUGUGGAUCGACAAGUAUCUCACCUGGAAUAAAGAGAACUAUGAUGGGCUUGACACCAUCCGAAUUCCUGGUAGUUAUGUUUGGAGACCUGAUAUAGUUCUAUAUAACAGUGCAGAUGAUCACUUUACCAGCACUAUGGACACCAACGUGGUCAUCCGGCAUGAUGGUCAGAUCAUGUGGGAUGCUCCGGCCAUCACCAAAAGCUCCUGUAAAGUGGACGUCUCCUUCUUCCCCUUUGACGCCCAGCAGUGUCGCCUGACCUACGGCUCGUGGACCUACAACGGCAACCAGCUGGACAUUCUGAACGCCAUGGAAAGCGCAGAUCUCGCCGAUUUGGUCGAUAACGUAGAAUGGGAGGUGUUGGGAAUGCCAGCCAAGCGAAACAUCAUUCUGUACGGAUGCUGUGCCGAUCCGUAUCCUGAUGUGACGUACACUCUGAAGCUGAAGAGAAGAGCGUCGUUCUAUGUGUUCAACCUGCUUAUCCCCUGUGUGAUGAUCUCUUUCCUGGCUCCUCUGGGUUUCUAUCUGCCGGCAGACUCAGGAGAGAAGGUGUCUCUGGGUGUUACGGUGAUGCUGGCGCUCACUGUGUUUCAGCUGCUGGUGGCUGAGAUCAUGCCUCCAUCUGAGAAUGUGCCUCUCAUAGGGAAAUAUUACAUAGCCACGAUGACCAUGAUCACUGCGUCCACAGCCCUCACCAUCUUCAUCAUGAACAUACAUCACUGUGGCCCAGACGCCAAACCCGUCCCAGACUGGGCUAAGAAAUUCAUCCUGCAGUAUCUGGCCAGGAUUUGCUUCGUCUAUGAAGUGGGUGAAAACUGCAUGACGCCGCAGCCAGAGAAACCAGAUCCUCAACCGCAGAAGCCUCAGGACUGCAACUGCAACAUGAAUGGCCAAGCUGGAAAAGAGGACUUUGUGUUUAAAUUCGAGAGAAAUCAAGAAGCCACGUCUCCGAAGCUGCCUGAGGACAGAGAAGAUAUGUCUCAAAUAAUGAGCCCAGCGUGCUCACUAGGAAAACAUCCUACCUGUCGGUACGGGCUAUGGAAGGAGGGAGUGUUCAUGAGUAUGGAUUGCGGCGAUGGAGCGGCUGAGAUUGGAAAACCAAUAGGAAGAGGACAGGAUGGGUGCAGAGAUCAUGAUGUUGGGUUUAAACCACAGUGCAAGUGUGAUCAGCAGCAUCUCCUGAGGAAUAUUGAGUAUGUGGCAAACUGUUACCGCGAUCAGAGAGCUACAGCGAGAAGAACGGGAGAGUGGAAGAAAGUCGCCAAAGUUCUGGACAGAUUCUUCAUGUGGCUGUUCUUCAUCAUGGUUUUCUCCAUGAGCCUGCUUAUAAUGGGGAAAGCCAUUUGA